AUGGAACCGCUCGAGGGAAAUGUGUUCGCGGUCGAAGCGUUACUAAAGGAACGAAAACGAAAGGGUAAAGUGGAAUAUCUGGUCAAAUGGAAAGGAUGGGGAAAUAAGCACAACACAUGGGAACCUCGUGAGAAUGUUUUGGACGACCGCUUAUUCGAGGAAUUUCAAAAACAAAAGCAAAAGAAUAAGAAGAGAAGUUCCAGCGGCAGUGUUGGGAAAAAGUCUGAUACAACCACACCCCCGUCGAAACGUCAGCGCCGAUUGGCAGGUGGCGAUAUUCGCGAUGAAAGCAGUGAAAGCAGUGAGCAUGAUGAAGAAAUCGAAUCUCCUUCUACCUCUACAGCAGCCAAGGACGAAAAAGAAUCAGAUGUGGAUCAAAGUUUCGUUUCUGAUGAGAGAUCUGAAGCAGCGGAUAUUCCGUCCGAACGCGAAGAACCACGAUCGGAGGACACUGUAACGCCAACGACGCCGCACGACACAAAGGGCUGCUCCAAAGAUAAAGCUGGUCCAUCUGAAGAGAAAAAUCUGAAGAGUGGAAGUGAAAGAAAACGUGAUGAGACGACGACGGAAGCAACUGCGGAGGUAGUUAUCGCGGAGUCCAGCGAAGCUAGCCCCGAUCAACGUAUGUUACGACAACUUACGGAGCAGGACUACCUUGUUGGCCAUGUGACGUCAGUGAUGGAGCCAGUGAAGGACGGAACGAUGAAAGAGAAAGCGUUCAUAGCCGGCGGCACGAGUCAGACGGAUGGCCUACAACAGAUUCAACUCUGCGAGAAUGAUGAGAAACGGCUGCGAAUCGAGGCUAUAAAGAAUGAAAUUCGCUCGGAAACGAUUUCGUGGACAAAUCCAGAGCGGCCGUCUGAGCCGUUUCAAUAUCAUGGUAGCAUUACGAUCACAGAUGUGACGGUGAAUGGACAAACAUGUCAAUUUAUAGAACUUUAG